AUGGAGAGCAUCUACGACGACAACUCUGAGGCACAAACCAGGUGGUGCCACAGAGUAAUGACUAGUAGCGAAAAAUUUUACGAGGACGAGUUUCUUAGGAUCCUCUCAGCCUCCUAUGACCUCAAGAAGUUUGCGAAUACGCUAACGUCAGAUUCAGAUAACUUGGUCGAAAUCAUCAGCGACGAAGCAGGCUUGGACCGCGUCAUGAGGAUCUUAGGAAUAUCAGACGAUAUCAACACGAUACUUUUCCAAACAAUCAUGGCCAGAUUCCCCGCGACUAUGACUCUUAAGAGCGGCAAAGCUUUGGCGUCACGACUCCUAGACGUUUGCAACAUUGACCAAAAGAACACGUUUUGCCAGUCCACGUACCGUCACGCCCUUCUCUUGGCGCGUGACGAAAACGGUUGCAGCACACUCAAGAAAGCCAUAACAAUAGCUGAUGAUAUCUUAAAAUCUGAUUUCCUCGAGCUGAUCUCUCUCAAGGCUCACUUCCUAAGCGAGGACGAUUUAGGAAUCUCCUUAAUCCAACAUGUGCUUAACCUCGACUAUACACGGAAAGCCACAGAAGACGACACGCUCUUGCACGAGCUAUUCGCGGAGUUUGAUGAGAUUCUCCCGACAUGUGACACGGUGGAGCUUCUUAACCUUGCCUCGAAGCUGACGUCAGAUUCUCGUCUCUUUUUGGAGUUUGUCAAAACAAAACGAGGCUUGCUCAUGGUUCAGAUCAUCCUUGGAAGAUCAGAAGAAGUCGACAGAGUGUUUUGGGAGGCCAUCAGGCGAGGCUACACCGAUCUUGCAAUCACUCAUCACGGUCAUCGCAUCAUGUUACGAACCAUAAACGUUUUCGAGAAAAGAGGAAACAAGAAUGUGUACGCGCAAAUCCUACGCCUAGUUGGAUACAACGCUUUCUACCUAUCCAAGCAACCUAUUAUGGGAAACGCCGCCGUACUGCACGCCAUUAAUAUACACAACCCGAACUGUACGGAAUUCAUCGCUUGUGGGCUUCAAUGCCACUACAUUGAGCUUUCUUUUCUGAAUAAUGGAAGCAACAUUGUGGAGAAGCUCCUCGGUGAAGUUGACGAAGAUAACAACAAGUUGCCUAUAUUGUUUAUGGUGGUGGAGAUUGUCAACUGUGAUGAAGAUACGUUGGUGAGAUUGGCCAAGGAUGAAUACGGGAAUCGGGUUUUGGAAAAGACUCUACAUGUGGCAGAUUAUCAUCAUUUGUAUGAUUUGGUAGAUGAUAUUGUCGACAAGUUGGAGCCUCUUCUUGAUACCUUGCGUGGGUCACGCGGAGAAAACAUUGCAGCUCUAUCAUCCAGGCCAGUCUGA